AUGGGUAGAAGGAAUACCACACAUGCGUCUGGCUUCAUCCUCAUGGGACUGACAGAUUCUGAAGAGCUCCAGCUGGUCCUCUUUAUGCUGUUUCUCCUCAUCUACCUGAUCACUGUGCUGGGGAAUGCAGGCAUGAUGCUGAUCAUCCACCUGCAUCUCCAGCUUCACACUCCCAUGUAUUUUCUUCUCAGUCACCUGUCAUUUCUUGACCUCUGUUACUCAACUGUCAUCACCCCUAAAACCUUAGAAAACUUACUGACGUCCACCAAGUAUAUUUCAUCUCUGAAAUGCUUCACCCAGAUGUAUUUCUUUAUCUUCUUGGGUGCCACUGAAUGUUGUCUUCUUUCCUCAAUGGCCUGUGAUCGCUAUGUAGCUAUCUGCAACCCACUGCAUUACCCAGUUGUUAUGUCUAUAAGACGCUGCUGCUUCCUAGUCUUUGCAUCCUAUUUGAUUGGCUUGAUAGACUCAUUUGUCAAUGUGCUUUGCAUGAGCAGAUUGGAUUUCUGCAACUCCAAUAGGAUCUAUCACUUUUUCUGUGACGGACCCGCAAUUUUAGCCCUGUCCUGCACUGACACACAUAACAUUGAAAUUAUGAUUUUCAUUUCUGCUGGCUCCACCCUAGUGGUGUCUCUUAGCACAAUAUCUGUGUCCUAUGUGUCCAUCCUGUCUACUAUCCUGAAAAUCACUUCCACUUCAGGGAAGCGAAAAGCCUUCUCAACUUGCACCUCCCAUCUCCUGGGCGUCACUAUCUUUUACAGCUCUAUGAUUUUUACUUAUUUAAAACCAAUUAAGUCCUACUCCUUGGGAAAGGAUCAAGUGGCUUCUGUUUUUUAUACUAUGGUCAUCCCCAUGCUUAAUCCACUCAUUUAUAGUCUUAGAAACAAAGAAGUAAAAAAUGCUCUCAUUAGAGCCAUGCAGAAGACAAAGGGCUCCAGGCUAUUAAAAUAA